AUGGACCGACAGCUCAAGGAGAUGGCCGUGCUGCCUGAGCAGGCGAGGGCAGCACCACCGCAAGCCCUGCCUGAUGCAGGGUCCGCGGCUGCGGACCAGCCCAGGAGCCAGUGCACACCGAAACUUCUCGCCCUUUCCAAGGACCCCCUCGCUGCUGCUAAGGAGAAGGAAGGAGCAGAUCCAGAGGAUGCUGGAGCAGAUGCACUGUUGGGUCCCCUGUGGUCUCCUUCAGGCAUGGGGAUCCCAGGCACCCUGUCCAGCACCUGGGCUGGGAGGCAAGACAUGACCGCCUUGAGGACUGCCCUGGGAAAAGACACUGCUGCGACAACACACCUGGAGGGCACCGGACCCCCUGGACCACCCCCAGCACCGCCUGAGCCCAAGGGGGCCAUUUCCAGCCCUUGCUCAGGCUGCAGGGAGCAGGAAACACAGCAGAGGAGUGGGGAGGACGACGGGCAUGACGGCUCUGCCAGCUUGGUGUGGGCAGCCACGCCAGGGAUGCUCUUCCAGGAGGACAAGCAGACCAGACCUCACCCCCUCAGCCUGUCCUGGGUGUUGGGCUACAACAGCAGCCUGGCCGUGCACAGCCUGAUGGACAGGGAGGACUGGGUGCUCCUGUACGUCUCCUCCCACACAGUGGUCAUCCAUGACAUCCUGGGGAACAGGCAGUACCACCUGCAGGGCCACACAAAUGUCAUUUCUUGCCUGUGUGUGAGUGAAGACAGGCGCUGGGUUGCAACCGCCGACCGAGGGCCAGAUGCUCUGAUCAUCGUGUGGGACUCCUUCUCUGGGAUACCGGUGCGCACCAUCUUUGAGAGUCAUCCAGAGGAUGGGGUCAGUGCUAUUGCUAUUUCCCAGGAUGCGAAGUAUUUGGCAACCAUUAGUGCUGGUACAGUGCAGAGAGUUUGUGUUUGGAAGUGGACUUUGCCCACGGAGAAACCCGUGUGCAGCACAGAGCUGAGGCCUGAGUUUGGGUAUCAGGAUUAUGUAAUUUUUAACCCUCAAAACCCCUAUGAGUUUGUCAGCAACAGCAAAACCCAGGUGAUAUUUUACCUGUGGGGUGAUGCUGGUUUGCAGUACAGCACGCCACUCCUGAGCAGCCAGACCUUCAACAGUGUGGUGGGACGCUUCAGCCAGUCAGUUUUUCAUUUUAACAACUCGCAAGCUCUGACGGGCACCUCGGCUGGGAAGCUGGUGGUGUGGGACGCGGUCAGUCCCCACACCCCUUCCAAGGAACUGCGGGUCAAGCCACACAGCAUGAAGGCCACCAAACUGGUGCCUAUGCAGAAGGCCAGCCUUACCGUGCUCAUGGUGUUUGAGAGCUGCAUAGUAACAGGUGAUGUGAAAGGUCAGGUUAAAUUCUACGAUGGAGAGCUGCAGCUCCUCGCCUGCUACAGCCACAGCAAAGUGGGUCCCAUUCAGUCCAUCUCCUUCUCCAAAACUACUCCUGAACCUCCUGGUGCCUCCCCAGCCUGCUCUACCUCCUGCACUGCCAGCAGCCAGCCCUUCGUUGCCCGGAACUUUAUCCUUUCAACCUCUGAUGCAACCGUGCUCCAUGUUGCAACAGAUGGGACAUACUGUGAAAAAGUCAUGGAAGAGGCGAAGAAAGCUGUGAAUGCCAUUGCCUGUCACCCCCGGCAGGCACUUGUUGCUGUAGGGAGUCACUGUGGGCUGCUGAAGGUGUGGGACUACCAGCAGACCAAGUACCUUGUUAGCAGGAUAUUCAUCGAGGCCGGCAUCCAGUGCUUGUGCUAUGACCCUGAAGGUUAUUUUCUGGCCGCUGGUUUUACUGAUGGGAGCGUUUACAUCCUCGAUGCCAUUUCCCUUCAGUCCAUCUGCAAAGAGUUCAAGUUCUCGCGUGGUCCCGUGACUCAUAUUAGCUUCUCUCACAAUUCGGAGUACCUCGCAACUGCUGAUGAGAAAUACUCAGUGACUGUUUACAAGGCAGUCCUGCCAAACGGGAGCAGAUGCUGGAAACACCUAGCAGGGCUGCGCUCCCACUACAAACCCAUCCGAAGCAUCCUCUUUGGGGUCCAGUUAGACAGCAACGAGCCCAGGCUCCUGAGCCUUGGGGAGGACCGGCAGCUGGUUGAAUAUGACCUGAACAGCAGCAGCAAGGACCACCUGGUGGCCUUGCACAGGGACCGGGUAGAGCAGGUUGCUGUGCCCCUGUGCUUGGCCUGGUACCCACAGCUCAGCACCGAGUCCUUUAUCCUCAUUGCCAACAACUGCUACAAAGUUAAGCUCUACAACACAACGACCAAAAUGUGCAGAAAGACCCUUUUGGGACCAACCUAUGGCUCCCCGUUGGAGAAGAUACAAAUCCUCCCAACAACAAACACUACGGACCCCCAGAAAUGCUAUCUGGCGUACAUUACAAAGGACAAGGUGGGCUUGCAGAUUUUGCCUGUCGAUGGCAACCCCCACAAGUCCUCAGCUUUCAUUUGCCACCCGGAUGGUGUCUCUGACCUUGCUAGCUCCUACGACGGACGCUAUGUCUUUACAGCGGGGGGGGAUGACUGCGCUGUUAUGAAAUGGGAGGUCAACCUAAAUGCCUUGGAUGCUGCUGCUUCCCUGGGUGGGGAGGACUUGAUCCCAUUCUACAACCUACUGGAUGGUGGCAGAGAAGGCGAAUUCUUCAGGGAACUGGAAGACUAUUUUUACUAUGCACAGCUGCGCAGCCAUGGUAUCGAUACACUGGAGACCAGACAGGUGUCAACGCAUAUUCCCUUAGAGGAAAUUCCUUCUGUAAUGAGAGCAAUAGGAUUUUAUCCAUCAGAGGAAAAGAUUGAAGAAAUGAUAAAUGAAGUAAAAUUCAGCAAGUAUGUGGAUACUGGAGAACAAGUGACAAAAAUCAGUUUAGGGGAUUUUAUCAAACUUUAUAUAAAUCAUCGACCUGCAUUUGGCUUGUCAAUGAAAAAAAUAGAACGAGCGUUUCAGGUUCUUGGUUAUGAUAAUGAGAAUGGAGACAAAGUUAUCGACAGAGGAGACUUACUCUUGCUGCUUCAGUGCAGAGGAGAGCAUAUGACAGAGGACGAGCUGGCGCAGUGUCUGACCACCCUGAUGGGCAGGCAUCCUGGGGGAGGAGGAUCUGAACCAGACACCUGCGAUCCCUCAGGUGCAGCAGCUUUGACUGAAGAAGAAAUUCCAGAGGAAAUCACAGCAGAGAUAUUCGCUGCUGACAUUCUUGGCUUACCUAUUGCUGAACCAGAAAAAAUGAACAGAAAAAAGAGAUGAAUCUUUGGUCUACAAAGAC